GAAGACACAACCAGGAGGCAGGUGUUACAAGACAAGACAGGGGCAAGGCAGACAGGAACAGAUCUGAAACAUAGACAGGGGUAAGUGAACUCAAAGUAAAAACACCAGACAUGAAAUGAAACAAGUAAAAUACAGAUAACUUAACCAUGUUCAUGACAGGUUCUGAUGAUAAUGGUUUUAACAUAAGGCUUUUAUAGGGGCAGGAAGACCACAUGGCCAAAAGUCAAUUUAUCUGGCCUAAGUGCUUCACUUACAGAGGUAGUACAAAGGAGAUACUACCUCAAAUUUUGAAGUUCUAACAAAAUACAAGUGGUUAUGAUGUGGCCCUAGUGUCAUGUUUGUUAUUUAUGUGUUGCCUAAAAUUUAAAGCUAUUACCCAGGCCAGAUCCCUCAAUUACAGAUGUGUCUUCGUACAAACAUUCCCUCCAAUUCUGAGGAAAUGACAAAGUGUUUGAGAUUAUCAUAAUCAUAAUCAGCUUAAAUAGCCAAGUAUGUGUGCCCAUACAAAGAAUCAGACUCCAAAAUUUGGUUUGAUAAUGAUUUGGCCCUCAUGUAAUGCUGUGCCACAUCACAGCCAAAGGUCCAUAAUAGGGGCCAUAUGGGACCAAAUAGAUGAUGCUAUCAGAACAGAUAAUUGUUUUAGUAAUAAAGCUUUGGGAGGCUCCCCACACCACCCAUCACUUGAGUUACCUGGAUUUCUUUGGGAGAAAGGGAGCUAAGUGCUGAUUUGAGAUAGACUGAUAAAUCAGUUGGCAGAUUAAUAGCCUUUUCAGGUAAUCUGCAUCAUAUCAGCAUUGACCCACUGAAGGCUGAUAUCAUCAUCAUCUUUUCUAUAUGUACCAUGUUAUGUUAAUUCUGCUGCAGCUAAACUAUCAAUAGUAGGGGAUAUCGGGGCUUGUUGUCACAUGGGUAAGUUGUCACAUUGCAAUUAUCUUUGCCACCAGAGGGCACAACUGAAAAGUGGAAUACAGGUUUUCUUCCUUUACAUGGUCAGGGGUCAUGUCCUGUCUGAGAAGAGAAGAGCACAUUGUGAGCUGAGAUGAGUGCAAAUUAACCAUUUUGCACAACCAAAUGUAAAAAUGUUUAACUUUAUAUCUUUUAAAAUAAGCUUCUUUCUGAUAAGUAUCCUAGCGGUGAUACAUGUGGACUUGUUAGAAGAGAGAUUAAUGCUGCGUUCCAGUUGUUCCAGCUGAAGUCAGAUUUCCGACUCGGAAAGUCGGACAAUCUUCACCAACCCUGACUUGACGACAACGUCAUAAUUCAAGAUGGCAGCCCAGUGCAUCAACAGUAAAGAGUAACAGUAAAAGCUCUCGUAAUGUAUUAUUUUCUAGCACUUCUGUUUUGUUUUUGUGAAAUUAAAUAAGUGGUAUAUGUUGUGCUGCCCAAUGUCCAACUUUGAACAUGGUGCUAUGGUGUUUAUAGGGUAAAAUACUGUGUUGUGCGUUGUUUACAACUGGUAAAGCUAACAAGAACUAACAACCGCUGACUACGGCUAACAACAGCUGACAACCGCUAACAACAACUGACAAUGGACAAUGACAGCUGACAAUUGAAAAACGACAGCUAAAAAUGGGUAACUGCAGGCAUCCAUCUUGGUUUUCCAACAUGUUAACUGGAACGCUGUCAACUUGGGUGUAACGUCAUUCCCAGCUCUGACAUCCAACGUCUGAGGUAACUGGAAUGCAACAUAAGGCAUCCUGUCAUACUGCAGUCAUUGUUCUGUUUUAAGCUAACUUUAAGCUAGAGCUAUAAUUAGCAAACAUGGUAGUUUGGGGCAACAUGUCAUAGUCAUUUUGGGGUUAGUUGUCACAUGUUUGAAAGAGAUUAAAAAUAAUAUAGAGGGUCCGCUUAUCAGCAGUUGUCAUAAUGAAAUUCUGACUUUAUUUUUACCAAAAAAAAGAGUGGUUCAAAGGAGAGGAGAAAGCAAAAAAACAUAAUCAGAAUUACAGAAGAAAAAACAGAGCGUGGCAGUGACGUGAUGCUGAGGGCAGUCAAGCAGAUGACCCUAGCUAAUAAAUCAGUCUGGAGUAAAAUAAAGCACUUUAAUGUCAACUACCAUACCUUGGCUCGGUACUGCAAAACAUUAACCCAGCCAAAAUACAGAGUCAGACAGAUCUCCAAACUCCAGUGCAUGUUGCAUAAUAUUUAAUGUUAAUGUUUGUUCGAUGGCUAAGUUCAACGACUUUUUCUAGCUGAAUGAUAAACAUUUUCUGUGCCUGACUUUGUUCACUUUCAAAUGAAAAAAUUCGAACAAACACAAUUUUGUCCAUGUUUUAUUAGCUGCAAAAUCCACUAUGACAUCUUACCCCAUCUAGAGAGACAACUUACCCAAUGGUGGGGCAACAUGUCAAAUGUUCACACUCUCUAUUUGAUUUUUUAUAACUCUGCACUGACACAAGAUAUGAAAAUGACAUACAAUAUAUACUGUAUACCUGAGAUUUGGAUCUUUCAUCAGGUACACAUUUUGUUUAUAUAUGAUGUAUAGAUUCCAAGAAACAUAUGAGUGUAAAAAGUGUGACAACAAGCCCUGGUCUCCCCUACUUGAUACACCAAAUAAUGUAGUGAUGGCAUCUUAAAUCCAGAACAGUCACUGGCUAGUGUUAUAUAAAUCCUGUUAUGAUGUAUAUAAUCAUACAGUUAAAUAUUGCUACUUACAUUUGUCGGUCACAUCAUGAAAUCUGUAGCAUAACUCGUGUUUAUGUCUUUUAAUCAAUUCAAUAAAAAUACAUCUUAAAAAAAUUGUUGCAUUGAUAUUUUUGUCUAUUCACUAAAUCUCAAAUGUUUUGUUUCUCAUUAGCUAGUAUGUUUGUAGUGAUAACGUUAUAUGCAGUUAAAAAAGAAACAAAAUAAACAAAAACAAUGUUAUCAGCAUUGUAUACUCUAUUGGCCAUUACCUGACCUGCUCUCUCAUUAUUUGGCCAUUGAAAAACUGGUACUGGUGUACCACUAGUGUUGAUAGAGCCUACCAUGAAAAUAAACGUUAACAAACUAAAAAAUAUUAAAGAGUGGCUGCCAUGUGAAUUUGAUUUGGGUGACCUAAUCAGAUCUCAUUGUACAGCAUUAACAGCCUUUUCCAACAUUACCCAUCACUGUCCGGUAAUGCUAAUGAGUUGCCAGCUCUGUUGUGAUGAGUUUUGUACCUGUGCCCAUGGUAGAUUCAAAUACAGAGUUUUUAUGAUGUUAAUCUAAGUAGUAUGUAGGAUAAAAGACCUUUUUUGAGAGAGUAUGGCUUAGAGGCCCUUCAUCGCGUUCAUGGUUGGAGAAAAAGCGAUGAAGCUUAUGAAAAGUAAAACUUGUCAGGAGAGUAAUUCAAGUGCUGACAGAAACGGCCUUUUUUUCCUUUAUUACAAAAAUAUAAUAACAGCUACUGAAACCAACCGUAGAAUUAUACAAGCGGCCUUGAAUGCGCCACACACCAUUUAAGCUCGCGCUUACCUGUUUGGACCUAACGGUACAUUUUCUCCUAGAAACGGCCAGAAUCAGCAAAAGUGAUGGAUUAACCGUCAAGUAACGGCCAUUACUGUCAUGUUUUAGACAAACGAGUGAAUUCUUCAACUUUCUGACACGUACCUUUGCCUUGUAAGUAACUGUAAGCUGUUUCUAUCGUAAAGACUGUAGCUGCUCAACGUUGGUUUACAUAUUAGCAGGUGUGUAGGCGACUAGCUUAAUUUAUGCUGCGUUCCAGUUACCUCGGAAGUCGGAAGGAGGUGCCAGUAAGGGUUACAUGAACUGUUUUAGCUUCGUUUCAGCUAGGCCAUUUUCGUAGACACCAGGUGGCAUUACUUAAGUUUCAAGCCAAAGCAAAGACAGUUUUCCUUGCUCGUAAACCUAAAUUUACAAGAAGAUAACUUAUUGUAAUGUAUACAGCUGUUGAUGUUUCUGUAUGACUUACAAGAGCAAACAGACCAUCAGAUCCAACACCCACGUAAUGCUAUCGAGACUUAAUGAGGUCUGAAAACACAGGGGUAAUAGGUAGCUUUAGUCGAUUGUAAGCCACCAAAACAGCCUUUUUUUUCACAUUUUCAAUGGAGAAACCUCUACUAGGUGAGAUUUUUGCUUAAAAAAUGACGCAGACCAAGUAUAGUAGACCAAUAUCACCAAAGGGAUAAAAGUUAUUGCUUUGAUUGCAAGGGCUUGAAAAUUGACAGAGAUUCUCUCAGGAGCUUCAGGUAAAAGUUGAUGUUUCACAAUCAAUGCACUCAUCUUACAUUUUGUUUCAACAAAUCAUUUAAACCCCCUACUUGGAGCCUCAGAGUUUCAAAUAAACCCCCCAAAAAUAUCCUUUCCCUAAACCUGUCCAAAUGUCAUAAACUCUUUGAUUAUGUCUAACAAUGACUAAACAAAACAGCAAAUCAAAACACUUGAAGUGCUUGGUAUUUAAAAAAAGUUAUUUGGUACAAAUAAAGUGGCAAAUUUAUUGAUUAACCAAUUUUUUUUAAUGCCCUGGCAUUAAAAUUUGAAAUUCACAUACAAAGUUGCAACAUUUUUUUUUGUUAGAUGAUAGUCCUCAGUGAACUGACAUCCACAUAUUUUAUGUAUCAGAUGAUAAGUGAGACCCAGUCAUCAUCAGAAAUCUUGACUUAGUUACACAGAUGUAACAGCAUGAAACAGGAAUAGACACUAAUGUGUAUAAUGGCAUCAUGGCGUGUAGAAGUCUGGCCUAUUAACCACAUAAGAGAAGAAGCUUUGCCAUCUUGAGAUAACGGCGUAAUCUGUUAUUAUGCGAAAACCAACUCUGCCGCUAGGGGCUUAUGUUGGUAUGAACUGUGCUUUAGGAAUUUGUGACAGAGAUGAGGGACAGAGAGACUGUUGUUGUUAAUGGGCCAAUUCUGUGGUCAAAUUGAAUGUGACAUUUUCAGUGAUAUUACCAAAUAAUAAGAGAGGCAACACCAAUGGCAGAAAAGCUGACUCAACCAACACUUAUCAAGAGGACUGUGAACAGCAACAACAAAGGCCCUACACAGACUAUACUGCAAGAGGUAAGAGCAGCAGUGUCAGCAGAAGUGUCCUGUUUUCAGAGAAGUUAAUGUAAUGAACUAUAAAAAGUAGUUACUUAAAUUAAGAAUGGCACUGUCUUAAUUGAGGGGUUGGACUAUGACUUUUUUUUUUUUUUUUGCACAUCAUGUGCAGCCAGUUAAGUAUGCAUGGCUAAGUAAAACCAGUUUUCCUUCUUUUGUAGACAGCGUGGUCAUCUGCCAAUCCAGAGAAAUCCCCCCCAAUGAAGAAAAAAACUCCAUCCAAACCAGCUUUUUCAGGGUCGGCAACCUUAUGUGACACUCCAGCUGCAGGUAUGAACAGUGUCACACUGCUUAUCAUAACAGAUAACACCAAAGUUGUGUGGGGAAGUAGUAGAUUUAGAGUUCUGUAAUGUCAAAUGCUUCAGAGGUGCAAUGUUUUGUUUGCUUAUUUUUGUGGCUGGUUUUAAUGGUAAUAUGGUAAUAUGACAUCCCACUGAAUUUAUUCAACUAAUGUUGUUUGCUUUCUUGCAUCUCUGCCUCUGGUUUGCAUAGGGAACUCCUAUCCAGAAUAAUUCUAUUUCAUUUAUAUUUCCCUGAUGUCUUUUUUGCCUUAGAGAAGAAUGUUGCCACCAUUUGCUGCCACAAUUUGUUGUUGGUUAAGAAAAAUAUGUUGAUGAAAAGCCUGAAAUGAAGAUUCAGUCUUAAUGACAAGCUAAAGUAAUUUUUGCCUUGGUGUAAGACUUGAACAUUCCUUCAAUUGUUUUGCUCUCUGAAACAGGUGCAAGUAGGGAGGUCAAUGUGCAGUUUUCUCAUUUUGCUGGAAUGCUAAGGUAAGCCAUUUUUAUUCCAUGUUACAAGACUUUGCAAAGCUUUGAUCCAUAAUUAAAGAUUGAGACUUGGUUACCAAACGUGCUUUUGAUAAUGAAAAGAUAGGCUACAAGAUAAAGAUACUGCAGUUCAUUUUGAUUCAUUCACAGCUACUACUGGUACACCAAUAACCAACAGAAUAAUACUCAAAAAACAUGAACUUUUUUUCGUCACGCUGAUUGAAAACAUUUACAACGAUAUUGAUUCAAGUGUUUAUGGCUGAUGAUUUAAUUGGGUCUGGGGUUAAAAUCAUUGAUCAUUAUGAAAAUAUUGUCUUUCUAUGCUCCAGUCUGUGCUGGCUAUAUAAACUAUUUCAAACAGUGCAUGUUACAUUCUUUGCCUUAAUUACGUACUCUACCUCACUACUGUCUAAACAUUGUGUUGACAAGUUCUCUGAGUUAUCAGUUUGACUUUAAAGCUGCGUCCUCUGCAAAUACGUAGUAACUGUGUGUCACUAAGUAUUUACAUCAGCCUGUUGAGCGUGUGCUGAAAGAAAACAGCCAGAAGACAAUCAGAAACACUGUCUACAUGUGACAAUUUCUUAUUUUGAUUACUUUUUUAAAGUUCAAAACUUCCCCUUUACAGCUGAUUUGGGUCUGUCAUUUUUAUUCUGUUUGGGAUUUUGUACCAUUUAUAAAAGGGAUUAUAAUGCUUCAUGUAAAUAUGCCGACUUUCACUUUUUAUGGUUUGUUGUAGUGAGACAGCUGCGGCGGACACAUCCCAGAUGAAGCAGCUAGAUGGCAUUUUGAUAGAAGCUAGAAACUUUGAGUCUUGCCUUAAAGAGAAGAAAAAACAACUGAGGCAGACACUGGCUCUUAUUUCUGACAACCUGCAGGGUUAGGUUGCUGCAUGGUGGUGGAACAACCCUGUUAUCUGCCUGAAGAAUGAUUUUAUGUUUGUAUUAACUUCUUUUUUUGUGUGCUUUAGUCAUUCAUAUACACAGUAAAUUAGUUGAUGAACCAAUGUGCAAUACUUUUGCAAAGACAAAAUUCUGUACAUGUGCCAUUUUUUCUCAGCAUACCUACAAAUGACAAUAUUGUACUUGUAAAAUUUUUUGUGUUGUCAAUUAAAAAAGGCCAUUAUUAACUU